CAGACGAGUCACAAGAGGCCUGUGUUGUUGCGAAGACAAAUCCGUCUUUUAUAAGAGAGUUACGCUCGCUUUUCAAACUUUGUGAUGGUGGCUGCAAUGUUUUGAAGGGUGUACUGUUUUUUGUUUUGUUUGCUUUAUUUUCCAGGCGCACGCUCAGUCUGGAUGACGGGUGGCACACGGAAGGCCUAGGGGGCGCGGCGGCGCGGCCGGUCUCCGUCUUCGGUGUCGAAAGCAGACGACGGGAGCGGCGGCGGCGGCAGCAGACGCUUCGCGAUUUCGUGACACGACCGCGUCGCUGGCAGUUUGAAAGGCUUAGUGCUUGUGCGCGUUGUUUGCUUGUGUUUGAAUCAUGCAUUCGAGGAGCUGCAGCCUGCGGAGAGUUCUCACUUACGUGUGGAUACUCGCGCUUCUGCUCCUGUGCGUGGCGUCCAUUCGAGGCGCCUUCCUGCCCAGCAAGCUUCCGGGCUUCAGGUGCGACGACCCGGACAUCCGGCACCCGUUCCGUGGAGACACGGUGACCCUCGGCCAGAUCCUGCUCCUGGUCGUCGUCGUCCCGGGCCCGUUGCUCGCCCUGGUGGAGUGGUGGGCGAACCCCUGCGGACCUCUCGACUGGGGCGUAGUCGGGUCGGCGUUCCGUCACUACGUUAUCGGCCUGGAGCUGGUCUCUGUUUCCGUCGAGGUGGUCAAGACCCUGGUGACCCAGCCGAGGCCGCACUUCCUGGACUCUUGCAGGCCAGACUGGGACAGGCUCGACUGUUCGCGGGGGCUGGUGACGCAGUACGAGUGCACCAAUAAGGAGUCCCGGAUCCUGCUGGACAUGCACAAAUCCUUCCCAUCGGGCCACGCGGCACUCGGCUUCUACCUCUUCACCUUCGUGGCGAUCUACUCGCGGUUCCGGCUGUCCUCGACGUCGUCUCACCGGUCCCGGGUGUGGAACGGCGUCCUGUCGGCGUGCCUCCUGCUGCUGGCCUGCCUGAACGCGGCGUCUCGCGUCUACGACCGGAGGCACCACGCCGUGGACGUGCUCGUCGGAUCCCUCUUCGGCCUGCUGGGCGGAGUGGCCGCG